UCACUACAGCGCACUAUGGCCGAGCGUAAGCAGAAUUGGAUCAGGGAGGAGAAUGAUGACUUACCGGUGUAUCUCGCCCGUCCCGGAACGGCCGACCAGGUACCCCGGCAAAAAUACGGAGGUAUGUUUUGCAACGUUGAGGGAGCAUACGAGAGCAAAACCAUUGAUUUCGAUGCUCUGAGCGUCGGUCAGCGUGGGAACAGAACCCCUAGGACUGCUAAACCGGAGACCGCGCAGGAAGCGAGGAGCCCUACAAGUGAGAGGUCUCCAUGUAAAGAAAGUGUAAUUUGGCACGAUAUGAGAGACUCUGGCACAGAGAGAAAAUGUACCAGAGGCAAGGAAGUCCUACAGAACCUGGGUGAUGAAAAGAGCGACAGGCUUCUGGUCAAAGGCGGGAGGAUUGUCAAUGAUGACCAGUCCUUUUAUGCUGACAUCUACAUGGAGGAUGGCGUCAUUAAGCAGAUUGGAGACAACCUGAUCGUCCCAGGAGGGAUCAAGACCGUCGAGGCCAACGGCAAGAUGGUGAUCCCCGGUGGCAUUGACAUCCACACACACUUCCAGAUGCCCUACCGGGGCACCACCACCGUAGAUGACUUCUCCCAGGGAUCCAAGGCGGCCCUGGCUGGGGGAACCACCAUGAUCGUGGACCAUGUGAUCCCAGAGCCGGGCAACAGUCUGAUUGAGGCCUUUGAGCAGUGGAGGAGCUGGGCCGAUGAAAAGACCUGCUGUGACUACUCCCUCCAUGUGGACAUCACCCACUGGAACGACAGCGUCAAGCAGGAAGUAGACACACUGCUCAAGGAGAAAGGUGUGAACUCUUUCCAGGUCUACAUGGCCUAUAAGGACUUCUACCAGAUGAGCAACAGUGAGCUGUAUGAGAUCUUUACCUUCCUGGGAGAGAUGGGUGGCAUUGUGCAGGUCCAUGCUGAGAAUGGAGAGAUCAUUGCCGAGGAGCAGGCACGCAUGCUGGAGAUGGGAAUCACUGGACCAGAGGGACACGUGCUGAGCAGGCCAGAGGAGCUGGAGGCGGAGGCUGUGUUCCGUGCCAUCACCAUUGCCAGCCAGACCAACUGCCCCCUGUACGUGACCAGGGUCAUGAGCAAGAGUGCUGCCGACAUCAUCUCACAGGCCAGGAAAAAAGGUAACGUUGUGUUCGGCGAGCCAAUCACGGCCAGUCUCGGGACUGACGGGACACACUAUUGGAGCAAGAACUGGGCCAAGGCCGCCUCCUUUGUGACAUCACCCCCCCUCAGCCCGGACCCCACCACCCCGGACUACCUGAACACGUUACUGGCCAGUGGUGACCUGAACGUGACUGGCAGUGCCCACUGCACCUUCAGCGUGGCCCAGAAGGCCAUAGGGAAGGAUGACUUCACUCAGAUCCCUGAGGGCGUGAACGGAGUGGAGGAGAGGAUGUCCCUCAUCUGGGACAAGGCUGUGACCACCGGCAAGAUGGACGAGAACAUGUUUGUUGCCGUGACGAGCACCAACGCCGCCAAGAUCCUGAACCUGUACCCCCGUAAAGGCCGGGUUGCCGUGGGCUCCGACGCCGACCUGGUCAUCUGGGACUCGGACGCUGUCCGCACCAUCACCGCCAAGACGCACAACUCGGCUGCCGAGUUCAACGUGUUUGAGGGCAUGGAGCUGCGUGGUGCCCCGUCGGUGGUGAUUUGCCAGGGGAAGCUGGUGCUGGAGGAUGGGAACCUGCACGCCAUCCCAGGGGUCGGUCGCUUCAUCCCAUGCACCCCCUUCCCAGACUUUGCCUACAAGCGCAUCAAGGCCAGGAAGCAGCUGGCAGUCCUGCGGGCAGUGCCCAGGGGCAUGUAUGAUGGCCCCGUGUCUGACUUCUCGCCCAUGUCCCGUGGCGGUACCCCCUCAGCGUCUGCCCGCACCUCCCCCACCAAGCAGCCCGUGAGGAACCUCCACCACUCGGCCUUUAGCUUAGCAGGUCCCCCCACCACAGAGGAUCUCCCCAUCCGGCCAGCGGGACGCCGCAUCGUAGUUCCCCCCGGUGGUCGCUCCAACAUCACAUCCCUCAGCUAAGAGGUUGAACCAGGCUAGAGACCAGUCAGAAGAUGACAACAGCCACUGGGAGAAGACGGAGACAUGAUUAGUUACAAGUUAAGAGUUGAGCAAAACACUGAAUCCUCAUGCCUUACCAGCCACAAUGCUACCUGCUUAAGCUUCUAAAGCACAGUUUUCCUCCUCCUAGGGAAUUGCAGGUCAGUCGCUAGAACAAUGGGUUAAUUUGAAGGAUAUUUGGCAAAACCUUUACACAAAGAUUGAAUUUGUAUGCCGUGGAAUUACAUGAGCAUGGUCAUAACCAGAAUAUAGGUAAUCAAUGUGUAUUACUGUCCCUCACUGUCAACAUUAGUCAUUGUUUUAACUGUGCAUUGACAGUUUAGGUUCUAAUCUGAGUCCAUAAAAUAGUUCAAUGAACCUCAUGAUAACUGUCCAUGACCAAUGACCCACAGUGUUCCGAUGCCUGUUCCCCCUGGGAAAAGUAACACGGCUUUUCUCAAAGCAAUUCUUUGUCCCCCCCCCCCCCUUCCGUCAUGUUCGGCUUUCAAUGUCACCCUUUUUUUGAGUACUAGUCUGCAGAUAUACGGUAGUUCGCUAUAGCGAUGUAAUAAUAACAUGCAGUGACGUCCGUUACUGAUAGGUGGCAUUGUGAGUAUGUAUGGUAGAUGUAACGUAGCUUUGUGAAUGAUGUUGUCGCUGGCUCCCUUGGGUUGUUGAACCAGAAGUGAUAGUCAUUAACGAUUAAAAAAAUAUAUAUAUAAAAAAAAACAGGAAACAAGAUUUAAAUUUAAAAAACACAUCUGGUAAUACAGAUAUUUUGUAAACAUGUAAUAGCAUGUUGGUAGAAAUGGUUGUCAUGUUUAUUUUCCCUUGCGCUCUGCUCCAUCCUGGCUGUAGAUUCCAUUGAGAAACCGUCCUUUGCAAUCGCUUCAAGCUUAAUGCCUGUUCCUAUACAUACCGUUUAGCCAUCUUAGUCAUCUAGGGGUGGGUUGGGGGGAGGGGGGGUGGGGGGGGGGGUAGUAAAGGGUAAAUGGAAACCUUGGAAAUACCAAGCUCGACUUCCAUGGCCUGGGUCGUGAAAUUGUAAUUCUGAGCUUUGUGAACAUUAAUGGAUAAAGAAAAUGAAAUGAUAAAGGUAACAAACCUGAUUGGAAAUAACAGUAAUUCACCUCUGUCUUUACUUUGUAUUUUCAUGGCAAUGUGGGAUCUCGUUUUGAAGCAGCAGACCGUCAUAACCUGCAUUCAAGAACAUAACAUUGAAACAUCAUGUUGUGCUUGUUUUAAAUCUCAACACUCUUGAGAGUCUCCACAUUUCUGUACACUAUUACCUGACCGACAGCCCUUCGCUUGGUAACUAACACCAAGGGGAAGACAGACAGGCUUAACCCUGGGUCACUCUCUUUCACAAUUCUUUUCUAUGCGUCUGUUUGGGCUACCUGUCCUAGACAAGGCAGUUGAUUGUAAUAUGUUUUCAGAAAGAGGCGAGGAGGAUGAGGAGAGCUUUAUUUUUGCUAUCCCAAUCAGCUGGAGGAAGAGGUUGUGAGGAAGUCGUUGUGUUUUAACGUCAAGCAAAUCCAAGGGGUGAUUAUAUUUAUGUUAGUUUGACUUGAUCUUUGUUAUUGUUUUUUUAAUGUUCUUUUUUUUUUUUUACUGUUGUAUCAAAACCCAGAGAAGGCAGGUAAAAAAAACCAUUGAGGUGUGAUGUGGUGUUAUGAACUGUUCCUGAAUAAACAUGAGUUGCAACUGA